CUCACGGCGCGCUCUCUCUCUCUCUCUCUACUCGAGGAUCUCUCUUGCAAAAUUUGCUUUCUUCAGCUCUGGGUUUUCUGAGAUGUCACAUUUCUCAGAACUUUAAGUUGUUAUCUUUGGGAGUUCCACAGGUUGGUGCAGGUUUUAACAAUAUACUAGCCAGGUGUUGAUACCAGGACUGACCAUCUGGAGCGACUGCCUCAUUUACGAUCGGUUUGUUGGAAACUGUUGGAGCAAAACAAAAACCAGUUGGCGAAUAGUGUCUUUGGUCGUCGUCAUCUCAUUACUCUUCUUCAAUGUCGGUGCUGCUUCUAUGUUCAGAAAGAUUCCCUUUUGGUGUUUCUUGUUCAAUGUUGCCAAGCAAGUGACUUUAAGCGCUUUAAGGUAGCAAGAACCUACAAACAUUGACGGUGGUUCUGAUCUCAUUAAAUGCUGCUCCUGUUACGCCAUAGAUAAACCUUCCAUCCUCUGCACAUUUUUCCAAAAGGCAUCAGAUUCAAUAUUUCGAUACUCCUGAAAGUUUUACUUUAAAAGAGACUCAUUAUCUUUCAAAGAGAAAGUGAUUAGGAUUGAGCAUGAAUUUUUUCAAAGUGAAGUUGAGAAUACCUCAGAAGGCAGGUGGACAGAAGUGUAUAUCAGAGGAGCCUCUGCCAGAACCAGAGGAAGCACAGCCUGAGAAUGGUGGUGAUGAUCAGUGUAAAUCAGCAAAUUCAGAUGCUGCAGCAGAAGCUGAGGAUGAUGACGAUGAUUUUAUCACCAAUGAAGUAAAGAGGAGGCUGAAAGAAUUGAGAAGAAACAGUUUCAUGGUGUUGAUUCCUGAAGAAGAAGAGUCAUAUGAGGAGGAUGAUGAAGGAGAGGGAGAGACAUGCUCUAAUGAAUGGAGGGAUGUGGAAGCAGAAGGCCAACAAUGGUGGCGCGGUUUUGAUGCAGUGUUUGAAAAGUACUGUGAAAGAAUGCUCUUCUUUGAUCGUUUGAGCACCCAACAGCUUAAUGAAGUUGCCAAAGGCUCCCAGUACCCUUCAAAUCAGUCUCCUAGAUCUGCAUCGAAGAGGCUGGCAUACCCACUCCGGUGUCUUUCCUCGAAACAAUUUGGAGAAAUGGAUGACGAAACCGAACAUCUUCAACAGCUUCGAAAUGAUCCCUACCAGGAUCUUGAAACAGCAUAUGUUGGUCAGGUGUGCUUGACUUGGGAGGCACUUCAGUGUCAAUACUCUCAAAUGUGCCAGAAGAUGUCAUGGCAAUCUGAAAAUCCUAUCUGUUACAACCACAGUGCUCAGCAGUUUCAACAGUUCCAGGUUCUGCUGCAAAGGUUUAUUGAGAAUGAACCUUUUGAGAAGGGCCUUAGAGCUGAAAUUUAUGCCCGUAUGAGGAACACUCUGCCUAAACUGCUUCACGUUCCUAACGUUAAAGGUUCAGAUCAAGGGUCAACAGAAGAUGAUUCAGACAUGAGAGUUCUUGCUCCUGAUCUUAUCAGGAUAAUGGAAAACUCAAUCCUUACAUUCCAACUUUUCCUGAAAAGGGACAAGAAAAAGCCAAGCGGAGCUAUUAACCCUUUGGGAAAUCAAAACCAGCUUGCAACUCAUCUACAACAAGUUCAGUCUAGCCUUGAGAAGAAAGCAAUGAAGCUGAAGGAAUUGCGGAGAAAGAAGAAAGGUUGGAAGAAAUGGUCGUGGCCUGGAAAACAGGAGGAUAUCCAGCUAUUAAUGGGUCUCAUAGACAUCAAAAUCCUAUCAAGGGUUAUGAGAAUGACGAGGAUAACAAAAGAACAACUGUUUUGGUGUGAAGAAAAAAUGAAGAAACUAAAUGUGACACACAAUAGGUUAGAGAGAGACACAAGUCCCAUCCUCUUCCCCUGCUAAUAACAAUGUUCUUGUUUUGUAUCAGAUACGUAGUUGAAGCAAUAUAUAUGCUAUCUGCAAUGUGUUAUUUUUCAA